AACAUGACAUUUUAACGGUUAUCUAUCAACAGAAAUAACUUACACGACAAGCUUCGUCUUUUUGGAGUAACCUUAGCUACGUUUUCAUGGCGACCAUGGAACUCAAAUAAACUGUUAGAUGACAACAGUUUUUCCAAUUUGUGAUUGGGUGAAGCCUUAAACCUGUCAUUUAUCUGGAUUUUUUUUUUUUUUUUUUUUUUGGAAAAGUGUCCACUAGAAUUUGCUGGUUCAGCAGUAGGAUGUCUGCACUUCCUGCAAAGCCUGGCCUGCACCACAGUGUGUCAGAGUGGUACAGCAACAACCACCAGCUGUCUGAGACGGCACAACAUGAGAGACAUGUUUCUAAUGUGAUUCGGCAGGAGGGGAGGUCACUACGCAACGAGACCAGCUGUCAGACUGUCUGGGAUGAGAGCGACACCUCUCGCAGGUUGCGUGACAGGGCCUGGGAUGUUGCCAGGUAUAAAGAGGCAUUAGAAGCCUGUGCACAGAAAGUGGAUCAAGAGAUGGAGGCCCUGACCCUGUCUAAGGAGCAAACCGAGCAGGCACUGGCUGCAACUGCUGUUCCCCUAGAGGUCAGCAGUGAAUGCCUGACACUGAGGGAUGGACGGCAAGGGUACGAGCUAGUCGUUGACCCCGUAGACGAGCAGCUGAAAAGGGAAGUGGAGCUGAUUGAAAAAGUGCAGCAAGUCCUGCAGCAGCACAUUGACAAGUCCUUUGAGCAGCUGUGUGUUUUGCAGGAGGCUCGGCACCAGCUGACCGCUGACCUCCAGAACAAGAUGGACGCACUGGACAUUGAUAUGUCCUGUCUGUCACUUACAAUAAAGUCACCUCAGAUCUCCCUGAAGACCAACCCAACUCGCAUACCUUCAGGCUCUUCCACCCCCCAGGAGUGGGUCCAGUUCAGCCAAUAUAACAUGGCUAAUGCCCAGGAGGCCAUGCAGGUGUCUUAUCAAAUGAGGGAGGAGAUGAGUCUCACCAGAGCCCAGUUGCAGAAUGAGUUGGACACUCAGCGAAGGGCUACAGAGUUUGCACUUCGUAAACGUAAUCACCAUGAAGAGCAGGCCCGCGAUGAGCUGGAGUGGCAGAUAAAAAAUACUGAAGAUGAAAUGGCAGAAAUGGAAAGCGACAUCCGCGGGCUGGAUGCAGAUCUGCAGGCGAAGACAGCCUCACUGAAACUUGCUCACACCCGACUGGAGAACAGGACCAACAGACCUGGCAUGGACCUGUGCAGAGACGAGGUGCAGCACGGCCUCAUCAAUGAAGUCCAUCAGCUGGAGGCAACCAACACAGCUCUGAAACAGAAGCUUUUGGAGGCUAAGCACUCCCUACAGAAGAUGAAGCUCCAUCACUCACGCAUGCUGCAUGAUCUUAACAGAAAAAAGGAAGCGCUUUCUCUGGAGCAGCGGAGCAUGAACACUCGCGCUCGCCUCACAUCCACCUCCUGCACUGAUAAAAUCCCGGUGCUGCUGGUUCCACUCACAAACUCGAGCGGGAGGAGCAACCUGCAGCUGCUGGCUCACUGAGCUGAGCCGCAGCAGCGAUGGACCUGCUCCGGAGUAGGGCCAAUUUCUGCCCAUCCCACCUCCAAGCGGGCUGUGGUGGUGUCUUGCGAAUGCGUCCAACCAGUAACAAUCACCAGUCUCCCCUCAAACAAGUGUGUGUCGUAAAUUGAUAUUCAACUCAUGUCUGAAACCUGAGAGAAAAACAUUUUUAAAAGUCUGUUAAGCUCUCAGUACGUCUGCUGCUUCUAAUUUUGUUUAUCAUGUUCACUUUCAACUGUUUUGGGAGUCCUGUUACUGCUGGUGAAAACAGUGUUUCCUGUAAUGCUGCUUAGCUGGUAGUUGGUGAACACAAUGGAGCUUUGAGCAGCUAAAGAGUGAGAUAUGUUCCCCUUAAGAGGUGGUGGAGAACCAAAAACAGAGCAAAAAGUGAGUGACUAUUGGAUUUUUAUUCAUCAGGCAUUUACAACUUGUUUCUGCUGUCCCCAAGUGGCCAAAAAAUCCAAUGACUAUAUUAGCUUAAUCAAUUAUUGAGAGCAUUAAACCUGUGUUGUUAUAAGCUACAGUCAGUUGGCCUUAAUGUGGGAAAUACCCACUGCAAUCGCUUGAGGCUGCCGAAAAUGAAACAGAAACAACUAGUCAAUGAUAGCUGUCAAUUUCACUUGAACUAAUAAACAAGUCAAAUAUACAGUCAAUACUUAGCAAACAUUCAUUUCAGGAUAUCAGAGUAGUACCUCCACACACACACAUUUGUUUUGAACAUUGGAUCAAUAGACUAAUCAAACAGAUAGCAGCCAUGUUUUGACCUGCUGCAGGUCGUGUCUUGGAAAAACAAUUCUUGGUAUCCAUCACUCCGCUCCAAUAAAAUGCCUCUGCAACAAG